GAGGGUACAUUGUGUGUGAUAGAUCUGCUAUGAAAGCUAAUGUAGUUUAUGUGCUCCAGUGAUAAUAUUUAGAACUGAGAAAGUGAUACUGGAUUCAACUGUGUAAUAGAAAUUAAACUUGUUUUUCUUAGUAUGGCAUCCAGUAAUAAAUAUAAACCAUUAGGUUAGCAAAGAGACUCAAACCUAUGCCAUGAGAGCUAGGUUGAAGUAACUGGGAACAUAGGGCCAACAAAAGAGAAGACUUGGUAGAUACUAUACCUGUCAUCUGGGAGGGAAAUUGGAGAUUUUCUGGUGGUGUCCAUGGCAGAGCCAGGGCCAACGGAUGGAAUUUAUAGUGAUAAAGAUGCCAAGUCAGAGCCAUUAAAAAAUUGGAUGGACUGUCUUGUAUAGAGACUUGUAGUUCUUGGCAGUGUUUAAGACUAGCUGAUGAGGGUGUGCAGAAAGAAUUCCUCCAUCUCAUGGCUUUUCAGGGUUCUACUAACCCUGACAUUCCAUGAGUAAAUCCAUUCAGCUGUUUCUUGUCUCUUCUACCUGGUGGCUCCCAUGGCAGCUGAAGGAGGAGAUAGCUGAUAAGCUGUGUGGGUUUCACAGGAGUCUGGUUUCAUUAAGUCGGGAUGUGUGUACAGCACUGGUUUACAAGAUUGUCAAAAGGACCUCCCUUUCAACACAAUGACUGAUGGUGUCUCUGACAUUGUUGUUGUCUUCCUAGGUGACUUUAGGGCGAGGAUUUGGUGUGACAUACCAACUGGUAUCCAAAAUCUGUCCUCUGAUGAUUUCCCGAAACCACUGUGUUUUGAAGCAGAACAUGGAGGGCCAGUGGACAAUUAUGGACAACAAGGGUUUUCCUUCUGAAAAGGCUGAAGGUUUUGCAGCAGCAGGGGAGACAUUCCAUUAAGAGGAGGAAAAUCAUGAAGCUUAUUUCGUCUUUCUUUCCCUUUUCCCAGAGUCUGAAUGGCGUUUGGCUGAACAGAGUACGUCUAGAACCUUUAGAGGUCUAUUCUCUCCAUAUAGGAGACCGCAUUCAGCUGGGGGUGCCUCUGGAAAAUAAGGAGAGUGCAGAGUAUGAAUAUGAAGUUACUGAAGAAGACUGGGAGAAGAUGUAUCCGCAUCUUGCCCCAACGAGUGACCAGAUGGAAAAAAAUAAGGGCUUGAGAACUAAAAGGAAAUGUAGUUUGGAUGAAAUAGAGGGUCCUGAAGCAGAAGGCCCCUCACACUUGAAAUUCAAAAUAAGUAAAGUGUCUUGUGAACCUGGUCAAGCACUGAAGUCACAUGGGAAAGGUGAAGUGCCCACUGGACCCUCUGAACAUUUGGAACCUCAGUUGACUUCUCUUGAGCCAAGUGAGAACAUCACAGGGGCUCAUACUUACUCUGGCCCCGCCAAAGUCCUGGCGCUUCAUCAUAAGAAGCAGAAAGCCUCAAACCCAUUAGCAUCUCAGAGCAGGCUAGAGCUAUUCAAGGUGACCAUGUCUAGGAUUCUGAAGCUUAGGACACAGAUGCAGGAAAAACAGGUGGCUGUCCUGAAAGAGAAAAAGCAGACCCAGAAAGGGGACUCAAAGAAUAUUGUACAGAUGGAGCAGGAACUGCAGGAUUUACAGUCCCAGCUUUGUGCAGAGCAGGCCCAGCAGCAGGCCAGAGUGGAGCAGCUGGAGAAGACUUUCAAGGAAGAGCAGCAGUAUCUCCAGGGUUUGGAGAAAGAGCAAGGAGAAGAGGACCUGAAGCAACAGCUGGCCCAGGCUUUGCAGGAGCAUCGGGCUCUAAUGGAGGAGCUAAACCGCAGCAAGAAGGACUUUGAAGCAAUCAUUCAAGCCAAGAACAAAGAAUUGGAGCAGACCAAGGAAGAGAAGGAGAAGGUGCAGGCACAGAAGGAGGAAGUUCUUAGCCACAUGAAUGACGUGCUAGAGAACGAGCUGCAGUGUAUCAUCUGCUCAGAGUACUUCAUUGAGGCUGUCACCUUGAACUGUUCCCACAGUUUCUGUUCCUAUUGUAUCAAUGAAUGGAUGAAGCGGAAGGUAGAAUGCCCCAUUUGUCGGAAGGACAUCAAGUCUAAAACACCCUCCCUGGUUCUGGACAAUUGCAUUAGUAAGAUGGUAGAUAAUCUGAGUUCAGAAGUAAAAGAACGACGAAUUGACCUAAUUAAGAGACGAAAAGAGUUGGCAUCUCUGGUGAGCACCGCCCACCAGCACCACCACCACCACGUUGUACUGAGGGCAAGACCAGUACUUGCUGGCCAAGGCUUGCCCACUAGCCGGAGAGAAGGGCCUAGGGGAGGAACAUGAGCACACGCUAGAGCUUCAAGAGAACAAAGAGACCCUUGUGAAGACUGUGCUGCCAGGCCUUUGAAAGACUGCCAGGCAGUGGAGCUCGGGAUAGUUUGGAGGACUCUCUGUGG